AUGACCAAAAAGAUCAAUCUACUCUUGGACGAACCCUGUCCAGAAUUAUUAUGUGGUGUAUGCACAGAUGUACUGGAAGACCCCAUUCAAGUGCAUUGUCCUGAAGACCACAUGUUUUGUAGUAAAUGUAUUCACAGCCAUGUCGAGUAUGGACAAGCAACGUGUCCGUUAUGCUUCACUAUGCUAGACAAGAGCACUUUUCAACUGUCGAAAUUUGUGACGAGACAGAUUGGACGAUUACGUAUACAAUGUGCUUAUUCAGAAAAUGGGUGCCCAUGGCAGGGCUUAUUUUCUGAUAAUCAUAUUUCCGAGUGCGAAUACAAGCCGUGUAGAUGCCCCAACGCAGAGAAUGGAUGUACAGCAACCGAUAUUACGCACGGCGAGAUGCAGCAUCAUAUGGACGUGUGUUUAUAUCAGGAAAUCAACUGUCCCAACAAUAUGCCGUUAUGCGUUGCAUUUUUACGAAAAGAUUUACCUCGACAUGAGAACGAAUGUCAAUCCUAUACCUGUCCUUAUGCCACUGAAGGAUGCACUUAUGUAGGAUCUCUCACACAUGUUCGCACACACUGUGAUGCAUAUUGUGGGAGACUUCAUAAGCAAAUCACUGAUCUCGAAUUAGAAUGCAAACGACUAAACGGGCUCAUUGGCGACUUUUCUUUGGGACUUAAUAUGAAAUUACCAUCCACACCCGAAGAUAAACAACAUGAUACCUCGAUGGAUGAAAUGGCUUUAUUCCAUCAAAUGUUCAACAGUGAUCCAUUUGGCGCACUGGAUUUGAACGACAAACAGACGGAUGUGGUGGAUUUAAAUGGAUUGCCUGAUCUUAGCUUUUUGGAUAACUCUGUGAGUUCCAUCUUUGAUACGGCUUCCUCACCACAACCGCUUGAAUUUAUACCACCAGUCAAUGUACCGAAACGAACCAGCAACGGUAAAAAGAUCCGAUAUAGUAAAAAUGUCAGAUUGGCGCAUAGUGCAUUACGUAUUGCUCGUCAGAGAACAGCCACGACAAACCCAUCGAAUGAUGCCAUCUUGAACAAUCUGGAUAUUGCUAAACAAAAGAACCAAAUUACAUUUAAAAACAUGGAUGAUGUGACGCACUUUCUAAAUACAGAACCAGCGAAAAAGAAUAAAAAAGAUCAACCCUCUACUCCACCUCCACCGCCACCACAACCACAACCACAGUCUCAAUCACAACAAGGUCUGGUACCGAAAAGAAGGCCCAUGUUUAUAUUAGCGUCCUCUUACUUGUCCAACUACAACACAAGUAGUAGUAGUAGCAGCAGCAGUAAUAACACCGGCACAAAUCCUUUAUAA